AUGUUAUUUGAGCAGGGUCAGCAGGCCCUGGAGCUUCCUGAGUGCACGAUGCAGAAGGCUGCUUACUAUGAAAACCCAGGACUUUUUGGAGGCUAUGGCUACAGCAAAGCCACUGACACUUAUGGCUACAGUGCCCCCCAUCAGCCUUAUCCACCUUCUGCUGCUGCCAACUCCCUGGACACUGAUUACCCGGGUUCUGCCUGCUCUAUCCAGAGCUCUGCACCUCUGCGAGCGCCAUCCCACAAGGGGGCUGAACUCAAUGGCAGCUGCAUGAGGCCUGGCACUGGGAACAGCCAGGGCGGGGCUGGUGGCAGCCAGCCUCCUGGUCUGAACUCAGAGCAGCAGCCACCACAGCCCCCUCCUCCACCACCGACCCUGCCCCCAUCCUCACCCACCAAUCCCGGAGGUGGAGUGCCUGCCAAGAAGGCCAAGGGUGGUCCCAAUGCUUCUGGCUCUUCAGCCACCAUCAGCAAGCAGAUCUUCCCCUGGAUGAAAGAGUCCCGGCAGAACUCCAAGCAGAAGAACAGCUGUGCCACUGCAGGAGAGAGCUGCGAGGACAAGAGCCCGCCGGGCCCAGCGUCCAAGCGGGUGCGCACCGCGUACACGAGUGCACAGCUGGUGGAGUUGGAAAAGGAAUUCCACUUCAACCGCUACUUGUGCCGGCCACGCCGCGUCGAGAUGGCCAACCUGCUGAACCUCACCGAGCGCCAGAUCAAGAUCUGGUUCCAGAACCGGCGUAUGAAGUACAAGAAGGACCAGAAGGCCAAGGGCAUUCUGCACUCGCCAGCGGGUCAGUCGCCGGAGCGCAGCCCGCCGCUCGGCGGCUCUGCCGGCCACGUGGCCUACUCGGGUCAGCUGCCGCCGGUGCCAGGCCUAGCCUACGACGCGCCCUCGCCUCCCGCGUUCGCCAAAUCUCAGCCCAACAUGUACGGCCUGACCGCCUACACGGCGCCGCUCAGCAGCUGCCUGCCACAGCAGAAGCGUUACGCGGCGCCCGAGUUUGAGCCCCAUCCCAUGGCGAGCAACGGCGGCGGCUUCGCCAGCGCCAACCUGCAGGGCAGCCCGGUGUACGUGGGCGGUAACUUCGUCGACUCCAUGGCGCCCGCGUCCGGGCCGGUCUUCAACCUGGGCCACCUCUCGCACCCGUCUUCGGCCAGCGUGGACUACAGUUGCGCCGCGCAGAUUCCCGGCAACCACCACCAUGGACCCUGCGACCCUCAUCCCACUUACACAGAUCUUUCGGCCCACCACUCGUCUCAGGGACGCCUGCCCGAGGCCCCCAAACUGACGCAUCUGUAG